AUGGAGCCAGCCAAUAUCUUGUUGCGAUUGGUAGCUUUGAUGCUACUGAUCUUCCCAACCAAUGCAUUCUACUUCUACAGCAAUGGCGGAGAACGGAAAUGUUUUCACAAAGAGCUGUCAAAAGGGACUCUGAUCCAAGGUAAAUAUGACGUCCAAACUUACGAUGAUAGUGCAGAUGGCUACAGGCCUGCAACUCCUAAUGAACUGAAUGUAGUCAUUGAUAUUGAAGAGGUUUUUGAUGAUAACCAUCGUGUUUCUAAUCAAAAGGGCUCACCAACGGGCGAUUUUACUUUUAUUGCCCUUGAAUCGGGUGAGCAUAAAAUAUGCCUACAGCCUCAAGCGCAAGGAUGGCUAGCUAAGGUUAAAACUAGGAUCAACAUCGACUUUGAAAUUGGCUCAGAAUCUAAGUUGGAUACAAAAAAGAAAAGUGCAGUUCAGUCUUUGCAGAAUAAAGUGCAAAUUCUGAAUGAGAAGGUUGAAGAAAUCAGAAGAGAGCAGGACUUAGUCAGAGACCGUGAAGCUAUGUUUAGAGAUGCUUCGGAAUCAGCAAAUUCUCGUGCUAUGUGGUGGACUAUUAUUCAGAUUAUUGUAUUGAGUGUUACCUGUGCAUGGCAAUUGAGACAUCUUCGUACCUUUUUUGUCAAGCAAAAAAUUCUAUAA